GCGUCAUCAGGAAGGCGUCGCUCUCCAGGAGAUUCAGCCCGGUCCUUGUGUUGAUCAGUUCCUUAGAAGAGAAGGGGAAAAGCCUUUAAGGAAGCGGGGAAGGUGGUGUGGGCUGGACUUGCUUCAGCAGCCUUCCCUUUACGUGGUCAGUGAAACUCUCGCCGCGCCUCGAUUUCUGCUUUGUUACGUUUUCCUUGCAUCACUUAAGAAGCAAAAUGAGUGGAGGAUUAGCACCAAGCAAAAGCACUGUUUAUGUGUCCAAUCUUCCCUUCUCAUUGACAAAUAAUGAUUUGUACAGAAUUUUUUCCAAAUAUGGCAAAGUGGUUAAAGUUACAAUUAUGAAGGACAAAGACACACGGAAAAGCAAAGGAGUUGCAUUUAUUUUAUUCUUGGAUAAAGAAUCUGCACAGAACUGUUCUCGGUCACUUAACAAUAAGCAACUCUUUGGGAGAGUAAUCAAAGCAAGUAUUGCUAUUGACAAUGGGAGAGCUGCAGAAUUCAUCCGCAGGCGAAACUACUAUGACAAAUCAAAAUGUUAUGAAUGUGGGGAAACAGGACACUUAAGUUAUGCUUGUCCUAAAAACACAUUAGGAGAACGUGAGCCACCCAAAAAGAAAGAAAAGAAGAAGAGGAAGAAAACUACUGAGGUAGAGGAAGAAAUCGAGGACCUGGAAGAAAGUGAAGAUGAAGGAGAAGACCCUGCCCUCGAUAGCCUCAGCCAAGCGAUAGCUUUCCAGCAAGCCAAAGUUGAAGAGGAACAGCAAAGAUCAAUGCAGACUGUAGGAGAGCCUUCAACAUCUGACUCAAGGCGUCCCCGCAUCAAAAAAAGUGCUUAUUUCAGCGAUGAAGAAGAACUUAGUGAUUAAUUUUUAUAUAUAUUUUGCAAAUUUGUAAAAUGUAGAUUUGUAUCCUGUAGGAAGACUGUGUUUCAGCCAAAGCAAGUAGCUGCUAUAACUUGCCUGCUGUUGUAAAUAAAAAGUAUAAUAUAUUGAGAACAUCAAAUAUUUCUGUAAUUAUGAAUGUGUCUUUGUUAAAAGUACAGUGUUUUCAUGGUCACUGUAACCAUCUUUAAAAUCAGUAUUAACAUUUCCCAGUUGAUCCUCAGAUAUAUUUUAAUAAAUAAAUGUUUGCAGUCUCUUAAA